CCGGGCUGAAAAGGCCCAUCGUCGUCGGCCUCUGGCUUUGGUCUUGCUGCGUCUCUGCCGGAACCCUUCCUGGCAGCACUCCCUCUCCCUCCCUCCAGGAUCGCCUCCCUCGCCUCUCCCUUCUUCGGCCCAUCAUGUCGACCAGAAUGAACUGGGUCGUCCUCUUGCAGUGUGCCGUCUGGGUCGUCCUGCUCCUCCAGCUGGCCGUCCAAGCGGCUCCGACCACGCUCAAUCGCACCGAUGCGUCGGGAAGCUCGCUUUCCAGAGGCGUCAUCCGCUUCGAGCGAGCCCAGCGCUCCCAGAACGCCUCCGUCUCCAAUCAAAUCGGCAGCCAGGCUUCGUGGAUUCGCUCGAGAUACCCGUCGGCCAAGAGCGGCUCCGGGGCCCUUGUCACCCGUUCUGUCGCCUCCAGCAUCGUCGACGCCGGCGAUAUGUCUUACUUGGCCAACAUCCAGCUCGGUACUCCCGGCCAGGGUUUCCUGGUUGUUCUGGACACCGGUUCCGCCAAUCUGUGGGUGCUCAGUUCCCAGACUGGCAGAGCCGGACCAACCUUCGACCAGUCAAAGUCCAGCACUUUCUCGCUUCCCUCCGGUGGAUCAGGCGUCUCGAUCCAGUACGGCACGGGUUCGCUACAGGGGAACAUUGGAGAGGAUACUUUCAGCACCAGCGGCAUCACUAUCACAAACCAGGACUUUGUCGUUGGAACUUCGGCAGACUCGGUGCUUCAGUCGCAAAUGAACACUGGAACGGCCUGGGACGGCAUCUGGGGUCUGGGAUUCCCGGCCUUGGCCUUUGCCUCGGCUUCUGGUGUCCGUCCGGUUCCUCCUUACUCCAACAUGAUCUCCCAGGGCGCUGUCCAGUCGUCGACCUUUGCCUUUUGGCUCGACACCACUGGCCCCACUGGCACUGGAUCGGGAGAGUUUGUUCUCGGUGGCUGCAACUCGGCCUAUUAUACUGGAUCCGUCAACUGCGUCCCCGUGGUGCCCUCUUCCAACGGCUACGAUCAGUGGCGUGUUGCACUUGGCGGCAUCACCCUCGGAGGCCAGGCAGUCUCGACCGGAUCCGCCAACGCCAUCUUGGAUACGGGCACGUCCUUGAUUGGCCUGCCCACAUCGAUCGCGUCCUCAGUGUUCUCGAUCUUGGGAGUCCAUCCCGACUCGAGCGGCACUGUCUCUGUUUCCUGCAGCACCGUCUCUUCUCUGCCGACGAUCCAGUUCCAGAUCGGCGGCACCUCCUAUUCUCUUGCUGGCGCCGACUAUAUCUACCGCGACCAAACGGGCAGCUACUGCUACAUUGGCUUUGUUGAUCUCGGCGGCUAUCCUGACGUCAUUCUCGGAGACACGUUCCUGCGCAAGUUUUACAGCAUCUACGACAUGAGCCAGAACCAGGUCGGGCUCGCUGUCUCGGCUGGUGGCGCUGCUCCUGGUGGCUCCCUGUCCAACUCGGCUUGUGGAUGCGGAUCCCAGGGCACUGGUGCGGCUCCCGACCCCGCUGGCGGCAUCUCGACCUCCUCAGCGGCUGCUUCCAGCUCUGGCGCCCAAGGCACAGCGCAAUCCACCACCAGAGGUGCAGCAUCCUCGACUGCAACUGCGGUCGCUGGACAGACCUCGGUUGGGGCGCCCGACUCGGCAUCCCUGAUUUCGUCCACCACGGGCGACGGCACCACCAGCACCAACAACCCAGUCAUCUACAUUGGAGCCGGUGUCGGAGCGCUCGGCCUCCAAGAACAAGGCCCAGGCCGUCAAAAAGCUCUCGAUCGUGGGUGA